AUGGCUGCGGCGCAUCCCUUGCCUCCGGCCGUGGUCAGCCUCCCGGCCUCGCUCCUCCUCCUCUUCCUCCUUCACCAUGUGCAUGUGGUGGACGCCGAGUGCGAGCCGGUGGCGUGCGGCAACUUCACCAUCAAGUACCCGUUCUGGCUCGGCGCGCCCAGCCACCCCCCGCCGGAGCCGUCCUGUGGCCAUCCUGCCUUCGAGCUCUGGUGUGGCGGCGGCAACGCCUCGGCGUCCAUGCGUGGCUCCGCCAUCCAGGUCCUCAGCAUCGACUACGGCGCCAGCUCCCUCGUGGCCUCUCACAGCAGAUUCUCCGGGCGGGUGGACGGCGUGUGCCGCGCCGACUUCAACAUGUCGUCCAGCCUGGCCCUCAGCCCGUUCAACAUCAGCCCAAGCAACAUGGCCCUGUGCCUCCUCUUCGACUGCAACGGGACGGAGCCGGGCGGGCGCGGGUAUGCGAACGCCACCGCCACCUGCGAUAGACCCAUCUUCGCCUACCUUGGCGGGAGGUACGACCGGGACACGCCGCCGUCGAUUCAGACGGGGAACUGCACGUACACGUACCUCCCGGUGCUCGGCUCGGAGGCGGCGGUGUCGACGGCGGCCAACUACAGCAGUCUCCUCAAGGCCGGGUUCCUGCUGGACUGGGCGGGCACCGGCGGCAUCGGCGACUGCCCCGCCUGCGUCGCCAGCGGGGGCCAGUGCCGGUACAGGAACGCGAUCGGGGCGUUGGCCUGCCUCUGCCCCGGCGGGAAGCUGCGCGGCUCCACAUGCGCCGCGAAAACAGUUUUCAUAGUAGUUGGAUCACUAGGCGCUGCUCUUGCACUAAUGGUGUUCGUCAUCUAUGUCUUGCACCAACGAAGGAGGAAGAAAAAAGCUAUGGCUUCAAAUGAGUUCAUGCGAAGUGGAUCUUCAAUGACGACAUACAGUAAAGACCUUGAGCUGGGUGGUUCUCCUCAUAUCUUCACUUUUGAGGAACUCGAAGUGGCUACUGAUGGAUUUAGUGCUUCAAGGGAGCUUGGUGAUGGUGGCUUUGGAACUGUUUAUAAAGGAAAACUCAAGGAUGGGAGAGUAGUUGCGGUGAAACGCCUUUACAAGAACAACUACAGACGGGUUGAGCAAUUCCUGAAUGAGGUUGACAUCCUAUCCCGCCUGCUCCACCAGAACCUUGUCAUCCUAUAUGGCUGCACGUCUCGGAUGAGCCGUGACCUUCUCCUGGUGUACGAGUUCAUCGCAAAUGGGACCGUCGCGGACCAUCUUCAUGGAUCCCGUUCGGCGGAACAAGGCCUCACAUGGCCUCUGAGGCUGAACAUUGCCAUAGAAACGGCUGAAGCACUGGCCUACCUCCAUGCAGUCGAGAUCAUACACAGGGAUGUGAAGACAACCAACAUAUUACUGGACAAUAACUUCCAUGUCAAAGUUGCAGACUUUGGGCUGUCACGCCUGUUCCCGCUCGAGGUCACCCAUGUCUCGACUGUUCCACAGGGCACACCGGGCUACGUCGACCCUGUGUACCACCAGUGCUACAAGCUGACCGACAAGAGCGACGUCUACAGCUUUGGUGUCGUGUUGGUGGAGCUGAUAUCCUCAAAGCCUGCUGUGGACAUGAGCAGGAGCCACAGUGAGAUCAACCUGGCCAACAUGGCUCUCAACAGGAUUCAAAACCAUGAAGUUGUUCAGCUGGUUGAUCCGGAGCUCGGCUAUGACACCGAUCCCGAAACGAAGAGGACGAUCGACCGCGUGGCCGAGGUGGCCUUCCAGUGCCUGCAGAUGGAGAGGGACCUGAGGCCGUCGAUCAAGGAGGUGGUGGAGAUCCUGACUUGCGUCAGGGACGGAGACUAUCAAUCUAAGAGCAUGAAAAAGAAGGCUUCUCAGAAAGAGGACGCGCACUUGCUCACGAAUGACCUGCAGUUUUCGCCUGACUCGGUCAUCCAUAGAUUCCAUAGCCAGUCAACUAACCACUCGGUAGCAUCGAAUGCUAGCGGAUUAUCUAACAUCAAAUGUUGA